UAUGUCAUCCCUGAGUUUUGUCUAUCAGGUUCCUGAUAGUGAUAAUGAGCAUCAGUCCUGGCGAGCUUUCGAGAUAAGUCUUCGGACUUAAGCAUUACAUCAUAGUGAAAAGUCGACAAAAUAUGUGGAGCUCAGGUACCAUGACGCCCCUCCUCUUGAAGCACCUUGCUGCCUCAGUAUCUCGUCAUGUGGUCAACAUGAGCCGGUUAAACCUGACCUUACCAUCACCCGCAGCAAGUGUUUACAGAAGUCUCUACUCCCUCACCACGGCUCCCCGUGCUCUGCUCCUGUCAUCAGUGAGAAUCAGCUCCCUCCAGCACCCCUCAUCCUGCACCUCUGGUCAGUUUGGAUCAUCCCUGUUGAGGGACUGCCGGCAUCUUCCCUGGGUCCAGCCCUCUGGAGGAAUGAAAACAAAGUCUGCCCUGAAGAGGCGCUGCAAAGACUGUUUCUUUGCUCGACGGAGAGGACAUUUGUUUGUGUUUUGCAAGACAAAUCCAAGACACAAGCAGAGACAGGGGUGAAAUCAAGAUUAUUGAGAAGAGUGUUGAAAGUGUGAAUAUUUAAAAGAACUGUACUGAAAUAAAAUUGCUUUGAUGAAAAAAUGUG